AUGCGUAUCCAAGCCGGAGUUGUAUCCCUCUUGGCCUCGAGUGCCCUUGCAGCCCGGCCAUUCCUCAACGAGCCAGACACUGGCAUUGAAGAUAUACUAAAGUGCUCGUCCAACGGCACCCUGCCUGACAUCAAGGCCAUCGUCGGCCUGCCCGACUUUGAAUACGUCGCCAGAAAGUACUUGCCCACCAGAAACUUCACCUACUACCGCAAUGGCGCCGCCGGAGAGUACUCUUAUCGCAACAACCUCGAGGUUUACCGCCGUUACCGUCUUCGCCCACGGGUGCUGGUAGAUAUUUCCAACAUUGAGUCUACUCUUUCAACUACCAUCCUGGGCCACAACUUUUCCGCGCCCUUCUUCAUUAGCCCCUGCGCACGAGCAGAUUACGCACACGCCGAUGCUGAAAUCAACUUUGUCAAGGGCGCUGCCGCCGGCAACAUUCUUUACAUGCGUUCGAUUGAGGAUAUUGCUGCUGCCAAGAAACCAGGCCAGGUCCUGUUCCAGCAGCUGUACCUGGAAUCCAAUGAAACCUUCAACAAGGAGCUCUUUGAAAGGACCGAAAAGGCCGGUGCAAAGGCCAUUAUUUUCACGGUCGACUCUGCAGCAGACGGAAACCGACACCGCGCGGCAAGAUUCGGAGUAGGCUCCGCAGACUCGUCGUAUUCUGCCUUUAGCUGGACCUUUUACGAGCAGCUCAGAAACCAGACCAAGCUGCCCAUCAUUCUCAAGGGCAUCAUGACCGUCGAAGACGCCGAGGAGGCCAUCAAGCGCAAGGUCCCGGCCAUUAUCCUGUCCAACCACGGCGGCCGACAGCUCGACGGGUCCCCGUCCGCCCUCGAGGUCGCGCUCGAGAUGUACGAAAAGGACCCGAAGAUGUUCCAGGAGAUCGAGGUGCUCGCCGACGGCGGCAUCCGCUACGGCGUCGACGCCAUCAUGCUCCUGUCUCUUGGUGUCAAGGCCGUCGGCCUGGGUCGCCCGUUUAUGUAUUCCAACAUUUACGGCCAGGCAGGUGUGGAAAAGGUCAUCCAGAUUAUGAAGCACGAGAUAGCUAUUGACGCUGGAAACCUGGGCAUUCCCGACCUGAGGAACGUCAGCUCGGAUUGUGUCGAGUGGAAGAAGCCUAACGGAUGGGCCAUGUAA